ACAUAUUUUUCGACAUUUAUUUGAUUCAUUUGUCUCUCAAAGCUUUAGCUAUGCAGACAGGGCGUAUACUUAUUGCCAUGAUUUUUCUGGCCUUAAUAGUUCCUUUUUAUUCAGCCAAGUGCAAGGCAGCUCCCAAAUCUGUGCAGAAUGUACACGUUUGCUGCUCAGCACCAAUGCCAAAUUGGGCAGUUUAUAAUAGCGAAUGCCAUAAAUCGGGACCUCAGGCAAGCUGCCGUCUGGCCUGCAUUUUUAAUGCCAGCUCAGUUCUGCAGGGAAAUCGUUUGGUCCAAGGCAAAAUUCGACCCAUGUUGGAAAGGGCAUUCGCCAGUGAACCCACCAUCGAUGUGUAUGAGUCAAACUUUGCCAGAUGUUCACCGAUAAUCAGGAGCAAAUACCAGGAGCUAUCGCCAUUGAGUCGUCAAAGUGACGCCUGCGACAGACACGCCCUCUUCUACAGUUUAUGUGCCUAUGCUCGGCUGAUAUUCACGUGUCCCGAUAAAAUGUGGCAAAGGAAUAAUAGAAUGUGCCAAGAAGCCAAGGCCUAUGCCAAAAAUUGCCCCUGGCCAGCCCUAAAAAUGUUCAUGAAAAAUACGUAA